GUGUAAUGGUAAGUCCCUGAUGUACCUGAAGUGUAUAAUGUGUGUACUGGUAUAAAAACUGUGUGUGUUCUCUAUAGGUUUGACAUGCGUACUGUGCGUGUGGACUUUGUGGAGUGUCUGAUGCGUUUCCUCCCCACUGAGGGAGAGAUUAAGAUGCUACGGCAGUACGAGAGGGACAGAAAGCCAGUGGAGGCACUGAGCGAUGAGGACCGUUUCAUGUUGCAGUUCAGCCGCAUAGAGAGACUGGCCCAACGCAUGUCCAUCAUCACCUUCAUGGGCAACUUCCAGGACAACAUACAGAUGCUCACACCGGUACACACACCACACUGUGAUACACAUACUGUUACAGGUCCACUCAUAAUACACAUAACAUAACAUAAUAACAUUCUAUAAUAACUUGAUUGUUGGUUUGGUUUCUGUCCAAAGCAACUCCACGCAAUCAUCGCUGCUUCUGUGUCCAUCAAGUCCUCCCAGAAACUCAAGAAGAUUCUAGAGGUGAGUGUGUGUGAUCUCUCUGUCUCUCUCUCUCUCUCUCUCUCUUUUUGUUCUCUCUCUCUUUUUGUUCUCUCUCUCCUCUCUGUCUCUCUCUCUCUUUUUGUUCUCUCUCCUCUCCAUCGCUCUCUUCUCUGUCUCUCUCUCUCUUUGUUCUCUCUCCUCUCUUUUGUCUCUCUCUCUCUUCUGUCUCUCUCUCUCUUCUCUCUCUGUCUCUCUCUCUCUUUUUGUUCUUCUCUCUCCUCCUGUUUUAACUGUAUAUGUGUGUGUUUCUCAGAUUAUCCUGGCUCUGGGGAACUAUAUGAACAGCAGUAAGAGAGGAGCGGUGUACGGAUUCAAGCUGCAGAGUUUAGACCUGGUAAAACACACACUCUACCCAACACACUAUUUCUAAUGUCUAACACACACUACCCAACACACUCUUUCUAAUGUCUAACACACACUACCCAACACACUCUUUCUAAUACCUAAUACACACCUUCUGAUUCCUAACACACACUACCUAAUAUACAUAUCUUUGUGAUACGUAACACACACAUAAUACGCUUGAUACACACUUUUGAAUGUAAAAUACACACCAGAAGGUAAUAUGUGUGUUCCUCCCAGCUGCUGGAGACUAAGACCACCGACAGAAAGCAGACCCUGCUGCAUUACAUAGCUAACGUGGUGAGAGAGAAAUACCCUGGAGUCGCUCUGUUCUACAACGAGCUGCACUAUGUAGAGAAAGCUGCUGCAGGUGAGUGUGUGUUUGUCUUGGUGUGUCACAGUUCUCUUCCUCUGGAGAACGUGGUGUGUGAUAUUAAGGAACGAACCUAUUAUAUUGUGUGUGUGUGUGUGCCAGUGUCCCUGGAGAACGUGGUGUGUGACGUGAAGGAGUGUCAGCGUGGUAUGGAGCUGUCGUGGAGGGAGUACAGUAUGCAUGGCCACAACCCACUCCUCAAAGACUUCAUCAGCAAACAUGAGACCCGCCUGCAGAAACUACAGGAGGACGCACGCAUCGCACAGGCAAGAACACACACACACGCACCAACACACACAGGUAUCUCAGAUACAUCACAUAACAAAGUGGUAUAUGACCAUGGUGACCAUCGUCCUGUUUUCUGACCCUGGUUGUGUCAUGGUUCUCAGGAUGCAUUUGACGAUGCGGUGAAGCACUUUGGGGAUAGCUCUAAGACCAUGCCGCCCUCUGUCUUCUUUCCUGUGUUUGUACGAUUCAUCAAAGCCUACAGGGUGAGCAGAAUUUGUGUGUUUGUGUGUGUGUAGCUACAGUAUACAUAAAGAUGCUACUCAAAGCUGAACUUAAUGUGUGUGUGUGUGUGUGCGUAGCUGGCGGAGGAGGAGAAUGAACAGAGGAGGAGGCAGGAGCAGGCGUUGAUGGAGAAGCUGGAGCAGGAGGAGCUGCAACAGGAGCAGGAGGAGCCU